CGUAAAAGUAUGUUUACGCAAGUUGGGUUGGAACGGGUUAACAGAAAACCAAGGGAUAACAUUCAACUGAACACAACAGUGACUGUCUGGGCGUGUCUUCUGACUUUGACCGUCUUCUGUGCAUCUGUGUUUUAAUUCUGAAUAAAGUGUAGAAGAAUGAAAUAGGUAAUAGUGUUGGAGAUGUUUUUUGAAGGAUGAUGUCAUUAUAUUUUGAGCUUCUCUUGAGGUAUUCUGUCUGCAUACCUGAUCGCAGCACAUUUUGAUGGAGACUUCAAAAGCAGGUAGAGGAUCGAAGAAGAAACAGCUGACUUUGUCUGAUUGCAUGUCCUUGGCACACACAAGAGAAGGGACACUUUCUUUAACAGAUCCAUUCUCUCAGAUACGAACAAGCAAAGAUUUAAAUAGGGGACUUUAUCCUACAUACAGAGCAAAGAAGAGAAAAUCUGAUGCUGAAUUUUAUGCAUCUCAGAGCUGUAUUACAGACUUCUUUAAGAAAACAGGUUUCUGCAGACAGCAGGUUACAAAAAUGGAUGAAGGAGGAGGUACAAAGGCAGUCAUUGAACCAUCUUGUCAGCUUGACGAAAGCAUGGAUGAUGACAUGUUUUUUUCUGAAGAGGACUUGGAAGAAAUUAGUUAUAUUGAAAAUCUGGAAACCGCAACAUUUAGCAAGAGACGUUCAUCACCACAAGCAUCAUGCAGUAGAGAACUGGAACAGACUACAUGGGAUAGGUUUAGUAAGAAGCCUUGCUUUGUUGAUAAUUCUCAGAUGUCAUACAGAGGUAAAAAUGAUCCAGAAAGGGGGGAAUUAUUAACAGUUGACCCAGUUUUUAAUAUAUAUUAUGGACUUGUUGAAAACAGUGUGCCUUAUGCAGAACCCCAGGGACAUAUUGAACACUUACCUGAUGAACUGCUAAGGUGCAUUUUUAGUUACUUGCCAGCAGAAGACCUGUACCUACGUAUCAGUUUAGUGUGCCACCGCUGGAGGUCUAUUGUGCAUGACCCACUGUUUGUUCCAUGGAAGAAGAUGUAUUACCGGUACAUGAAAAUGGAGGAAGAAGCAGAGCUUGAAGUUGAACAGAUUCUGUUAGAGAGUAGUAUUACUGUGGAUGAAGACCUAUGUGUUGUGAAUCUUGUAAAGUACCUGGCCAGUUUUAGACUUCGUCACAGUACUGACAUGGAAGCUGUGCUUUGUUGUCUCAAACAUCACCAUCUAUAUGUAAUGGCAGAAGAGACAACAAAUCGGAGAUGGCCUGAGCUAAUGAAGACUGCCAAGAAUGUGAAUGUGAUGUCAGUGGUUGCAGUGAUUGUCCUUCUUUCUGAAACAGUGAGAGACAUCCAGAGCCUCAUUUCUUGUCUGAGCAAUCCUCGAUCCUCCCUCACAUUGUCUGACGUUACAGAGAUGAUGUACUGUAUGACAACACUAGUGUUUGCAAUGAGAGAAAAUUGUGUUGAUAUUAGUAACCGGAUUCAUUACAAUUUGUUCCAUUCCUUGUAUCUUCUGGAGAAUUCUUCAGUAACUCAAAUUUGUGAGGAGAAAGUUCCCUGUUGGAGUUAUCAAAGACUUCACUCCAGGGGUCCUGUCAGCAUUCAUCCCACUCAUGAACAGCAGCUGAUUAUUAACCAUGAAAUUGCUCCUGGACAAGUGGUGAAAAUCAUGGCAUUUGCAGGAACUGGGAAGACAUCUACUUUGAUCAAGUAUGCAGAAAAAAGACCUCAUCUGAAAUUUCUAUAUGUUGCUUUUAACAAGUCAGUUAAAAUGCUGGCAUCUCAAACAUUCCCCAGUAAUGUGGAAUGCAGCACUGUCCACUCAAUGGCCUUAGCAAGAGUUGGGCAGAGGUACAAAGAAAGGAAGAAGAUUAACUGGAGUGGGUUAAAACCAUUCAUAAUUAAUGAGGUUUUACCAGAGAAAAGAGGUGGAUACGUACGAGCCAAGCAAGUUACUCAGAUUCUGAACACCUUCUUUGCAUCAACAGACAGCAUAAUAACUACAGAACAUGCACCAGUCAGGUCUAAAAAUACACAUGGUGAAAUGGUUUUAGUUGAUCCUGAAGAAAAGCUGAAACUGGUGAAAGAUGCUCAGCAGAUAUGGGAUAGGAUGCAGUCACUGGAUUUUACAGAUAAGAUGGGGUACUAUAUAACACAUGAUGGUUACCUGAAGCUCUGGCAGCUCAGUAGACCAUAUCUUCCAUAUGAUGUCAUCUUUAUAGAUGAAGCACAGGACUGUACUCCUGCAAGCAUGGAUAUUGUUCUGUCACAGAAUUGUGGGAAGAUUCUUGUUGGGGAUCCCUGUCAGCAAAUUUAUUCUUUUAGAGGUGCAGUUAAUGCCUUGAAUGAAGUACCACACACGCACAUCUACUACCUAACACAGAGUUUCAGAUUUGGACCUGAAAUUGCAUAUGUUGGAGCCACUGUUUUAGAUGCUGGUAAAAAGAUGAGAAGAAAGAUAUUAGUUGGUGGAAAUCAGAAGGGCUGUUUUGGGGGCAACACAGCAGGAACACUAGCUGUUUUAUGUCGAACUAAUGCUGCUGUGUUUGAUGAAGCUGUAAAAGUCACAGAAGGCUUAACACCAUCAAGAAUUCAUAUUGUGGGGGGAGUAGAAAAUUUUGGACUAAGCAAAAUACGUGACCUUUGGAAACUUCUUCAACCAGAAAAAGAACGGGAGAGACAUAAUCUCAUAAUUGAAGAUAAAUUUCUGAGAUCAUUUAUCAGACGUGGAGGUUAUGGUGCUCUUAAAGACUAUGUUACUAAAGCAGAGGACAAGGAAUGGGAAGUGAAGAUGGCCAUAGUAGAGAAGUACAAUAUCCGAAUUCCUGAACUGGUGGAGAGGAUAUAUAGUCAUUCUGUGACAGAACGUGCACAUGCAGAUGUCAUUUUAAGUACUGUUCACAAAGCAAAAGGCCUGGAAUUUGACACAGUAAAAUUAACAGAUGACUUUUUGAAAAUUCCUUGUGCAAAGCAUAAUCUUUGGAGAAUUCCUGAACUGAAACUUGAAAGCAUUCCUGAAGAUGAAUGGAACUUACUGUAUGUUGCAGUGACUCGAGCUAAGAAAUGUCUUCUACCCACAAAAUCUUUGGAAUAUAUCUUGACCUUGGCAGGGGAGUAUCUCUUAAGGCCGGAACUUACAAGCAAGCUUUUCACAGAGGGUCAGCUUCCUGGCUGCAGUGUUGCUGCAUGCGCCAAUAGUGUGGUAGAAGACUCUAUACUGACAUUUUGCAAAAUACCGCUCACUUAUAGUGACAAAAGGGAAGAUGUUGGAGGUCCAUUAUGUUUAUCAUGUGUGGAACAGCGUAUUGGCCCCAUGACGUAUUUAGGAACAUCUCCUGAAACUGUAAAGACAAUGCCUUACACAGAAGAAAAUGUGGUGCUUCCAAUGAACAUGUUGAUGCUGCAUGCAUUGUUUUAACAGCAUACAUAAAACUCAGAUUUCUGGAACUGGCAACAUUUUUUUGUAAUGUCUAUGAAAAGAAGACUUUAAUUUUUUAAGACUAAAUGCACAAACAGCUGUUUAGAACAUCAUACCCAGCUUUUCCUCAUGUGAUAUGUGACUGGCAAGAUGUAUUUUCUAAACAUAUUGAGUGGAAGAAAGAGGUAAUUUUUAACCUGGAAGUGUGCCUCUUUAGGCUAUCUAAUUUAGAGUGGAGUCAUGCUUUUAUAUUUUACAACCAAAGUUUAAUAUGUUUUUAAAGCACUUAUUGUAGAUCAUGCAGUAAGACUGUAACUGUAAUAUUAAGUCACUGCUGUGGAGUAGGGAGAUGAAGCCAUGACUACAGUCCAGCCAACCUGGGUUCAGUUAACAGCUUGGGCAUCUUGGGAUGCUAAUAAGAGUAUGGCUGUGCUCAUUUGGAGGAGGCAUGUUCUGAGACACAUCUUUGUGGUACUGUAGUCUGCAGGAUUCCAGCUGUCAUGUGCAUAUAUGGCCAAAAAACCAAAGGGCCCAUUGGACACCAUCCUUGAAUUAUGACGAGUGUAAAAGGGAGAGCAGGCAAAAGUAAACUACUCCGCUGGCAGCAGAAUGAUGCUAUUCCAGGAUGGCUUGAUUUCUUAACUGGCCCCAUCGAUAAUCAGAGUAUGUCCAAAGGAGUUGAGAAGAAGUGGAUCAGUGACCAAGGAGAGGCACUGGGGUCUGGUGAUGCUCAGCUGUAUGGGAGGAAAAAAAUAAAGUGGUUAUAGGAAAAAAAGAAUGCAACUUCAUACUGAUGCUGUUGACUGUCAAAUCAGUGUUUUUACAGUAAUUAAUUAUAUUUAAUAAUUAUUACAUUAGAGGUACCUAUCUGUAAAUGUGAAAUACACUUUUGAUGAUGAACAUGUUAAGUGCUAAAAUAAUUAUUUACAAAGAUGUUGGUAAUGGUUGCUCAUGAAACCAGUUUAUUAAAGUACUGUUUAAUGGAGAUGA